AUGCGGGAGGAGGCAACGACGCCUCUAGUCAGAUCUGGCUGGCGGUGGUUGCGGCUACCGACGGUGGCAGUGACGGCGGCGGCGGCUGUGGCGGUAUCGACUGCGGCGGCUGGCUGGCGAGACAGCGGCCGUGGUGGUCGAGGCGUCGUGAAGGCGGUCGCGCGGCCUCGUGGGUGGCGAGGCCUGCCGUGCAGGCGUCGUGGAGGCCAGCGACGUGUGGCUGUCGUGGAGGCCAGCGUUGUGCGGCAGCGGGAGGGCGUCAUGGAGACCGGUGGCGGUGUGGAGUCGCGGCCGGCGACAUGGAGCUCGCGGGCGGCGAGAGCGGGUGCUGGUGGCUGCAGGCCGCGACAGCGGAUGGCUUGCGGCGAUGGCCGUGGCGACCGUGGACGUGGCUGCGGCGGAGGAGGUGAGGAUAGCGAUGGCGAGGUGGCUGGGCGUUCGGCAGCAGCGGCUGCGGUGGCGGUGACCGCGGUCACCGGAGGCAUGGCGGCUUCGGACGGCUAGCUGAGGGUGUGGCAGACGGUUGCAUCUGGCCGGCGUGGCAUCGUUUGGAGGAGAGGUCGGAGACUGGCUUGGCGCAGAGGCGCAGCCGAUGGCAGCGGAGGCUGGCUCCGCGCGAGAGGCGCGGGCAGCGGAGAUGGAGGCCGGCUUGGCGCGAGAGGCGUAGCCGAUGGAGGGAGGCUGGAUUGGAGCGAGAGGCAUGUCCGGUGGAGGAGGCUGGCUUGGCGCGAGAGGCGCGGCUGGCGGUGGAGGAGGCGACCUCGGUGUGAGUUGCCGGUGGGUGUAGCGUGGUCUUCGACACACGAAGGCUGGCCGGCGGGGGACGCCGGUGCAGGGGUCCCACAUGUCAACAGAGCUUGAGUGGUGGUUGAGCAUCGGUGCGUCAGCCGUGAAUUCGCAGGUUGCCGGGUGAAAGCCCAGUCUUGGUUCCUUGAGCCCCAACG